AUGGGUGUCAAAGAUCUGUGGAAUGUUUUGUCGCCUUUAUGUGAGAAAAAACCACUGUAUGAGCUACAGGGAAAGACCAUCGCGAUUGAUUUAAGUGGAUGGAUCGUGGACAGCCAAAUGAUUGUUGACAAUGUGGUACAACCGAGGAUGUAUCUUAGGAACUUAUAUUUCCGUACAGCAUUUCUUCUCACAUACGGGAUAUCUCCAGUAUUUGUAUUAGAAGGAAAGCCACCUAUCCUAAAACAUAAAACUAUUGCACGAAGGAACGAUAUUCGUAGUGGAUUUCAAGAGAGAAAAACUACUAAGAGAGGAGGAAGAACACAAUUUAAUCGAGUUCUAAAUGAGUGUAAAGAAUUGUUAAGAUACAUGGGUGUUACUUGUAUACAGAGCUGUGGUGAAGCAGAAGCCAUGUGUGCUUAUUUAAAUGAGGAUGGACUUGUAGAUGGUUGUAUAAGUCAAGACAGUGACUGUUUCUUAUAUGGUGCAAAAAUAGUAUACAGAAACUUUUGUAUGAGUACUCAAGGAAAUUGUGGAGCUACAGGUGGCUCUGUGGAUGUUUAUAGUAUGGAAAAAAUAGAGAAGACGUUAAAUAUAGGACGAAAUAAAAUGAUAGCAUUAGCCUUGCUGUGUGGUUGUGAUUAUGAUGAGGGAGUGAGUGGUGUUGGAAAGGAGGCUGUUUUAAAAUUUUUCAAGACUGUGAGAGAGAAAGAUAUUUUACAAAGAAUUCAAGAUUGGAGAACUGACACAAGUUUGAACAAAGCUGAAUUUGAUUUGUUAAAUCCAAGUUUAUGUACAUCGUGUGGUCAUUCAGGAAAACUACAAAAGCAUACAAAAUCAGGUUGUGCUGAUUGUGGAACUAUUAGGAAGUGUAAUGAUGAUUUUAGGGAAAAAAGAACAUUGAUAUUAAAUGAAAUAUCGUUAAGAAAGAAAGCGCUUUAUGAUGAAAAUUUUCCAAAUCAGGAAUUAAUAGAUGAAUUUCUUGUCAGGAAGGAUUCAAUUCCCAAUAAAUUAGAUAUAAAAUGGGAACAACCUCAAGUCAAUCAAUUUAUUGACUUUAUGAAGAAAUAUGUAUGUUGGGAACCACAAUAUGCGUUCGAAAAAAUAUUUACAUUAAUUACUAGAUGGCAACUUUUACAUUUACCAAAUUUUAGCUUGGAUGAACGUUUGUCUAUAACAGAUUUAUUUAUUCCUGAUAGUAUAAAAAAGAUACGUAAUAUUAAAUCUAUAGCCAGUUAUGAAAUUAUAUGGAAAAAAGAGCAUGCUGUAAUAAAAAUGCUAAAAGAAUAUAAAGAACAAAUAAAUGAAAAUAGCGAUGAGAAUAAUGAUGAUGUAGAUAAUAAUUUACUAACAAGUAUUGAGCCACAAGACUUGGUUUUAAAAUGUUAUCCAAAAUUAGUUGAAGCAUAUGAAAAUAUCAGGAAUGUAAAAACGAAAAAAAGAACAGCAAAUUCUCGGAGAAAAAAAGCUACAACAAAUAUAGAAGACAAUGAUACCGGAAUAAAAGAUACUACAAAAUCAAAGCAACAGAAAGUAAAAAAAAAGCAAGAAAAAGAUAAUAGGAAUAUCGACGAAUUUAUAACUAAAAACGAUGUAAUAUUCUUAGAAGACUCCUUUGAGCAAAUGAUAAUUUCACCAAAAAGAUCAAAGAAGGAAGAAAAUAUUAGAGAUAGAGUGCAUGCGUUACAAAUUAGGGACGUAUCUGAAGAUGUUGCGAUUAUGAAUGUAAAACAAAAGAAACGUGGACCACAAUUUCAAAGAGUAUUGGAAAUGGAAAAGAGUUCAAAGUUAAAUAACACGUUUGACCGAAUAUUCAGUGAACUCUCUCCUAAUGAUUUUACAAGCGAAAAUGAAGAUAAUGAUUUAGAUAUAACAAAUGUAAUAGAAAAUAUAUGUAGAAAACAAACCUUUCAAUUUAGUAAAAUAGACUGUCAGUCUAUAGAAUCUACUAGCCAAUCUGCAGAAAACAUAGAAGAAUGUAUAAUAAUUGACAAACCUGCGACGUGUACUAGAGAAAAUUAUGUUUAUGCAGAAGAUGAAAAACAAAAAUCGGAUAACUCUGAUGAUGAAUUUGGCUGUAUUAAUGAAUCAUAUAUUCCUAUUAGCCAAAGAAUACAGAGGGAAAAUCGAAAGAUUUUGUCUACGUGCAAUUAUAUAACAAAAAAAUCUGACUUAGAUUUUGAAAAUAUUAUGGAUCAAACUGAUAAUGAAAGUAUACAUUUAGAUAUAUAA